AUGCCUCCUCCGGUGACUGACGUGUCCGAUGACGAGUCGACUGGCGAGUCUAUUCCUUACGAGGAGGCCCCCGCACCUAAGAAGCAGGCAAAGAAGCAGGCCGUUGACGAUAACGAGGAUGAUGAGGACGAGGACGAAGAUGAAGAAGAAGAAGACGUUUACCACGUCGAGAAGAUCGUCAGUCAUGAAUGGGGCAAGAAGGGCGAGCUGCUCCUGCAGGUGAAAUGGAAAGGAUAUGAUGACCCCGCCGACAUGACACUUGAACCAGAGGGAAAUCUCGAUGGUGCGCAGGAGGCGGUUAAUGAGUACUUUUCCAAACUAGGUGGCCGUCCGGAGAAGCCUCAAACCAAGAAGCGCAAGUCCUUGGGAAGACCUCCUAAAUCAGCAAGCCCCGAGAAGACACAACCGAACAAGCGGAGAAAGUCUCGAGCAAACGAGUCACCGGAAUCCCAAGCAGCAGAAGACAGUGACUCUGGCUCGUGGGUGCCCAAGUCUAAGAGCUGGGAGAAGGAGGUGGAUAACGUCGACACAAUAUUCCGCGAGCCGGGCUCGGGGAAUCUGCUUGCCAUCUUGAAUUGGAAGAAUGGCAGAAAGUCCAAGGUCCUUAUUGAAACUUGCUACGAAAGAUGCCCUCGAAAAAUGCUUGACUUCUACGAGUCUCAUUUGGUCUUCAAAGAAGGUUGA